UUCUGGGGCCCUGCUGUGUAGCUGCUAACCUUGCCAAUGCCCAGUCCCCCACCCAAGGCCCAGAAGGAGCAGUGGCUGCUGACUUGGCCUCCAGAAACGUCUUUGGGAGCCUUUGAUCUUCUGUGGGAUCUCAGUGUGGAUGGAAUCUUCCUUCAGUCCGGUGAAGACAUGCACCUGUGGUGCCCCUCACUGCAAGAGGUCAGGGAGGCUUUCCAUAGCCUGGGUGCCCACAGUCCUGCCCUGUACCCUCUGGGGCUCCUUUGGCACGGCGGCAGAGUGCUUCCAGGCGAGGCUGGCCUGAGUGAGAACAAGGAGCAGGAUGCUCCCCAAGAGGUGGCCUUGGACAUCAGCCUGGGCCACAUCUACAAGUUUCUGGCGCUGUGUGCCCAGGCCCAGCCGGGGGCCUACACUGACGAGAACCUCGUGGGACUGAUGGAGCUGCUGUGCCGCGCCGGCCUGGACGUGGGGCUCCGCCUGCUGCCCAAGGUUGACCUCCAGCAGCUUCUGCUCUUGCUCCUGGAGAACAUGCGGGAGUGGCCGGGGAAGCUCCAGGAACUAUGCUGCACCCUGAGCUGGGUGUCUGACCACCACCACAACCUGCUGGCCCUCGUGCAGUUCUUCCCGGACAUGACCUCCCGGAGCAGGCGGCUUCGAAGCCAACUCAGCCUUGUGGUCAUUGCUCGAAUGCUGGGCCAGCAGGAUACACUCCCUCUCUGGCAAGAGAAGACCCAGCUGUCCUCGCUCAGCCGGCUCCUGGGCCUCAUGAGGCCAUCAUCUCUCAGGCAGUACCUGGGCUCUGUGCCCUUGCCACCCUCCCAGGAGCAACAGCCAAAGGCUAGUGCCGAGCUGGACCACAAGGCCUGCUACCUGUGCCACAGCCUUCUGAUGCUGGCCGGGGUGGUUGUCAACUGCCGAGACAUCACUCCAGACCAGUGGGGCGAGCUGCAGCUGCUGUGCAUGCAGUUGGAUCGCCACAUCAGCGCGCAGAUCCGGGAGAGCCCUCAGGCCACGCACCACACCAUGCUCAAGGACCUGGCUACCCAGACCUACAUCCGCUGGCAGGAGCUGCUGACCCACUGCCAGCCCCAGGCCCAGUACUUCAGCCCCUGGAAAGACAUCUAAAGGAGCAGGGUCAGGGCAGCCCAGGGCUCCUGGCUCCAGCAGGAAGUGAACAGGCUCAGGGAACUGGAGGAAGCGAGGCAUCAAGGCCAAAGGAGGCCACAUGCUGACCAGCCUGAUGAAGCAAGAACCUGCCUCUGCCACCACCCCGACCCCCUCUCCUCUCAGCAAGGGAUGGGCUUCUCUGCCUCGCCCACCCCUCAGCCCUCCUCCCAGCCAUCUCCUCUUCCCUAAGGCCUCUGUCUCCAUAGCUCUGGUUUCCCUGGGCCUUAGUCCUCCCCACCCUCCUUCCUCUCUCUCCCUGUCACUAAUGUGAGGUUUCUUUGUGCACAUUAAAGUCAGCAUCAG